GUACUCGUCCUGUUGGAACAGAAGGCUGCAGACGUUCACCUACACAAAACAAAUCUGGACAGCUCUGCUUGUUGGACGUUACACUGAGGAGGACAAAACAUUCCCUUUAGUUACUAUCCUGACUUUUUAUUGCAGAUAAAUUUGAACUUUAACUGGAUGUAACAUGACUCCAUUUGUACCGGCGUGCUUUGUUGUGAUUUUGUUCCACUUCUCAGCUGUGUGCAGCAGACCCACAGGGGCCCACUUGCGUAACAUGGAGAGCUUCAUAGAGGCUGUUCGCGAGGUGGAGGACUCCACCCCCGGUCUGUCCCCCCUGGAUCUACUCAGAGCCUUGCGGAAAACCGCCGGUCACGAUGACGUGAUGACCACCCAUUUCCUGGGCGAGUCGUACAAUUUCAGCGGCUCAGACGUUCUGGAGAAGGCCAUUCUGAACGCAUCGUCCUUCAGCUUCUUUGAUAAGGCCAUCCACCACAUUGUGACCGACCGUGGAGAGGAGCGGGGCGUGGUCCUCGCUCCCGACGGCACCACGGUGGCACUUGCACCUUUGCUCUUAGGGAUUGAGUUGGGACUGAAAGCAAAGGUGGAGGGGGGCUCACCCGUGGGGAUCUUCCCCAUCACCCUCGGCAGGAGGCUGGGCCUCACGUUCCUAAGCUUACAGGACUUUCCUGCAUCUGUUCGUUUGGGGCCCAACGGGUGCUGGGAUGACGUGGAGCGCCCCAAAGUCUACAAGCUGUCUCGGCACGCGACACUGGCCACAGACGCGAUCAUCAACGGGGGCAUGGACGGCCUGAUACUGGGCAUGGACCUGAACAGCCCGGCAGCACCUGAACAGACACGGGCCCUGAGUGAAAUCCUGAAGGGGUUCUACUUUUUCACUCUGCAGGAACAGGGUCUCGAUGCUGUAGCUACCCACAUCAGCCCAAAGAGACGGGAGCUUUCAAAGUCCCUGCUGGAGUCGUCUGACCUUCACAUCACUGUGAUGGAGACGCUGGCUUUGGUCUGGAAGCUGGAGAAGACAGAAUGGAUUGCUCUGGACACCGGAGUGGGAAAGGCGGUGAAGGAUGGUCUGCAGGAGUUUGUACACAAGUACUGGGACUGUCCUCAGAUCAUCCCUCGCUGUCAGUGGGGAGCCAAACCACAGCAGGGGACACCAGUCCCACUUUCGCUCCCCCUCCAGUAUCUUUACAUUCACCACACCUAUCUGCCCUCAUCGCCCUGUUUGUCCUUUCCAAACUGCUCACGAGACAUGAGGUCAAUGCAGCGUUUUCACCAAGAGGACCGGGGCUGGGACGACAUUGGAUACAGCUUCGUGGUGGGUUCUGAUGGAUAUAUUUAUGAAGGGCGGGGUUGGACCUACCGCGGCACCCACACCAGAGGACACAACAGCAUCGGCUAUGGUGUGGCGGUCAUCGGGAACUACACGGCCUCGCUGCCUUCCCGCCACGCCACGCGCCUGCUGCGCGACCGACUUGCGCAGUGCGCUGUUGAUGGAGGGGCAUUGGCGGCUAACUUCUCCAUCCAGGGCCACAGACAGGUGGUGAACUACACCACCUGUCCGGGUGACGCCUUCUUUGGAGAAAUUAAAACCUGGGAACAUUUCCGGGAAUAACAGAACUCUCUCUGCCGGUUUGAGAAUCUCAUAAAACUACGUGGAGUUUCAUCAGGAUACAAUCGCUGUUUACGAAAACUGUUGAGUUUUCUUAUCCAUAGUUUCUAACUUACCUGCAGUAAACUGCAGGCUGUGUCCCAGUUUACUCACUAAAUGAAAAUAAAACUGCCACUUUAGGGAAGAUUAGUAAUUUCUGCAGAUUGCUUAUUUUUCUUGAGGCAGUGAAAAUCUUGAACAUUUCGGUUUAUCAGGUUUGCUAGAAGCUGAUCCAGUGUUUCUCAGUGGGUUUGAUGGUAUGUUUUAAUGAAUACCAUGUCGGCUCCUUAAACAGUAUUUUUCUUUAAUCAAUCAUAAACUAAAUUAUGAAAACCAAAACAAAGGAAUUCAGUAUUUUGGCUGUGAUUUUGGAAUUUCAUGAACCAAUAUGUGUCUUAUCGCGUCAUCAUGUUCUUAAAGGGUCUAUAUCCUGUUUUUCUUAAGCCUUAUAGUAAACUACAUCCAUGUAUAUAAUAAAAUAUUACCACACUAAAGAACGCUUUAAAAAAAUAAUAAAAUAUUAGUUAUUUUCGCAGCUUAUUUUUCUACACCAACUCAUCAACUACAAAAACCGUCUGACCUCUGUGCUACUAAUGAGGGUUUUAGCACAAAGUAGAAAAUCUUUCCUUCAAGAGAGACGUUUCCUGAAAUCUUGCAGUUUCCCAGAAGAGUUUGGCUCUUUGUGGAUUUCCCCCAACAUUCAAGCAAACCAUGGGAAGAACUUUUUUGUUUGCUUUCAGUUUGUUUUUUUCCAGUUUGGACUGGAAACUGAAACUAAAAGCUGAGCUCCUGAAAGUUCAAAUAAACACUGACUUUAACACAGACCAGAUUUAGUUGGACCUGUGCAUGCCUCUGAGCAGAGCAGCUGGACUCAGUCGUAGCUGCGUGUUUGCAGGCAGGGGAGGGUGCUUUGUUACUGCGUGCUUUGGAGGAAGCUUCGGACCGCAGUCCGUCACACUGCCGGACUCAGGAGAACCGUGUCUCUCGGAAGAUUUGUAUCUCCAAGCAGUGGAGCGGCUUUGGGACGGAACAAUCCUGAGAAACCGUGCAAACAAUCAUGUGAAUUUUUGUGUUACCAGUCGGGUCCAGACAAAAUAAAGGCUGAUGUUAUUCCAGUAUAAGUUCUUGGACGGCUAAAUGUUGUUAGCACGUAUUAACCUAAUCCUAACCCUUCUUUCGGGUCAUUUCGGCCAAGUACUGGCCACAAGGUAUAAAAAAAAAAAACUACAUGCGAACAUGCACUUAAUAAUAAUCAUGACAAUAUUAAAACCCAGUUUAGAAGAUCAUCUCACUCUAUGUCGGAGCUUUGUUGUUUGCAAAAAACCUCCAAGUUCUUCUUUUAUGGAAUGACAUCAUCAUUAGAAGCAGGUCAAACUGAUCACAUUCCUUUGGGAAUUGAUUUGCAUUUGUGACAAUAAUUGAUAGUUUGGACUUGAAUAUUUCUUUGUUGUUAAAAAGCAUGAAGGCAGCAGCAAAAGGGUUGUUGGAGACGGAUGGAAAACCUCCACAUCCAUCCAUCAUAAGUCACUUUUAGAUGUUAUAAGAAGUGAUGAAGAAUCUCAAAGUAAAGAGCUGAUGGCAGCAGAGUAAUUCCCUUUGCUUUUUUUUUUAAAUGGUUCAUUUUUGGAUCCAUGAAGAACAUCUGAUCUCCUUUAAACAGUUUAAUUCUGAUUUUCUGUGGUAAGCGUUGCAGAAAAAUCUGUCAAAAGUUCCACUUGUGAUACCUUCUGUUUGUGAACAAGUUGAAUAAAGUUUGAGCUACUUUACUUUA